AUGCGCGCCAUCGCUCAGAUCGUCCACUCCUCCUUUCGCCGCGUCGAGAAUGCCGCCGACUGGCUCACCGGUCGUGCCGGCCCCGUCUUUGUUGCUAUCUGCCUCAUCCUCGUAGGUGGAGGAGUGUGGACCUUCUUCACUACCAUGUUCUUGGAACUCGCUCCCGUCCCAACAGAGCUCGCCAACCUCUUCCACACCUAUUCGCCAGCACACAUCUCCUUAGGCCUCGUUCCGACCUUGUUCGACUCCACCCUCAAGGAUCCCAUCGCAACCCUGCGCUUCUUUUCAUGGCUCCUCUUCUGCCUCUUCAUCGUCUACAGCAUCGCCUGGCACUACUACAUGGCCUGCACCGUCCCACCAGGUUCCGUCUCCGAAGGGCUGGGCGAUUCCGUGCCCGAGCGAAGAAGCGGUCCCGGCAGCCACAUCUGGUGGGCGAGGUACAGAAGCAGAGCAGCCAAAGCCUCUGGCCCCAAGCUGCACCACCUCAGCUCAGCAGACAGUCACGUCAUGGCGCACGGGCAGCCCGAAGCGGCCGCACCCGUCCGAGUCUCGUCCGUAGCCGACCUCAACAAGCUCAAUCAGGCCUUGGACGGGCUCGACAGCAACCGCGCAAGGUCAGCUUCCCUCAGCGCUGCGCUCAAACCGUCUCCCUCUGUCAAUGCAUCCUUCUCGUCUUCGCAUCGAUCUUCCUCCAGCAGCGAAACAGGCACGCCUCGCAACUACCCCAGGAGCGACCUUCCCCUGUCCAUACACGACGUCACCCCCAGCCUCGCAACAACGCCGGCACGCCUGGAUCCCGAGCCGUCUACCAACUCGUACUUUGCUCGAGGUACCCGUCAGAGCCAAGAGAGCAUCGAACGCGACUCUACCGCUGCCGCGCCUGCAGCGGAGCCCCUGGCGGAAGUCGAGAUCGACGAGGACGACGAAGACCUCUUCCCCUUGGCCGGCAUGUGUCACAAGUGUCCCAAGAUUCCGCUCGUCAAGGCGCUCAGCGUGCUUCCACCCGAGCUGCGCAAGAUCGAGAAACAGCUCCGCACCAACAAGCCUUCGCAGACCUUCACCUCCAAGUUGUCCUCCGAGGAUGUCGAUGAAGGCGAAGCCGAGGUCCGACGAUGGCUAGGCGAUGCCGCGUCCGAAAAGCUCGUCGCCCCUCCCAAACCUGAACGCUCCCACCACUGCCGCGCAUGCAAGUCGUGCGCGCUCAAGUUCGACCACCACUGUCCCUGGCUCAACCAGUGCGUCGGUCUCGGCAACGAGCGCUAUUUCGUGCUUUUCAUGGCCUGGCUCAGCUUUGGCUGCGGCAUUGUCGUCUACUCGGGCUACGGCGUCGCGCGGCGGUCGCUCAGCUGGAGUGUGCAGUGGAACUACCCGUAUACACCGAGGGUGAUGGUGAUGCUGCUGUUCAUCCUCGCGCUCGUCAUGGGCUUCGCGCUCGCGGUCAUGGCCGGCUGGCAGAUGAUCAUGGUCAGCAGAGGAGAGACGAGCGUCGAGUCGCAAGACAACGCGCACUACCGCGAGCUGGCCAGCAGGCGCGGACAGGAGUUCAUCAAUGUCUACGACGUCGGCUGGCGUCGCAACAUCGAGCUCUUCUUCAAUGUCGGGCCUGGAUCGCCGUACAGAUGGUACACGAUCUUGCUGCCCAUAAGAGUGCCGCCGUACUCGGACGGAUGGCACUUUGCGAAGCGUCGUGGUCUCAAUGGGAAGCAUGCCGGCAUUGAGCUUCAGGAACAGCUUACGGAUGAGGAGUUUGAAGAUGAGCACUACGAGGCGGAUCAGAAGGCGGCAGGGAAGGGCAAGGGCAAGGAUGCGGCGACCAAAGCGUCGUCUUAG